AUGAAUAAAAUACCUAUUAGAGAUUUAUUAAAUCCUGCCUCCAAAAGGAGGCAGUAUAAACCAGAAUUAAAACAAAUAAAUACAAAAUUAAUACAUAUAUGUUCUUCAUUACCAGAAGGUAUAUUUGAAAAUAUAAAAGAGAUCAAGAUGGAUCUUCAUGAGAUAAUUACUAAACUCAGCAUAAUAAAGAGAGAAGGUAGAUUGGACAGUGAAGAAAGGUAUUUAAUUAAAAUAUCAUUUCAGUUGGCAACAAUAGUUGCCAACUUUUUAAAUAGUAAUACUCAAGAAAAUAUAAAACCUAUUAAAGAACAAAAAAAGAAGAAGAUAGAAAAGAAGAUCCCUAAAGAAGAUGAAGUUGUGUUUAAUGUAGUAACACAAAAUAUGAUGAAUAUGGAUAAUGUAAAACAGAAUUCUUUUAGAGGACAUAGAUUUUCUAAACAGAAUGUAGAAGUAUUAGAAGAAUGGUAUAGUAUCCAUAAACAUAAACCAUAUUUAGACAAGAAAAGUACAGAAGUACUACAAUAUCAGACACAACUAUCAAGAACACAAAUUAAAAACUGGGUAUCUAAUAAACGUAGGAAAGAAAAGACGGUACAAGUUUCCUCAGAAAUUCUACAACUAAUAAAUGGUAAAUAA